GAGACGAAACCGCGUAUUCACAACCAAAAGCUCAACCUGACUUGGUUCAGUGAUCUCUACAACUAAAACCUCAAUCUCCUCACGGCCUUAGCGACUCUAAUAAUCAGACCAUCAUUAUGUCGGACUACGAAGGAGGCAAUGACGGGGGCUUCUCUCCAGCCUACGACAAUGACGAGCCCGAUUAUGAUCCAGAAGAGCCCGCCGAGCCCGAUGUUGAGACCGCUCAAGUUGACGACAUCGAGAUCGGCGAAAACCCAGAUCAGCUUCUCACGACUGGCGACUCAUCUCGAGGUGUGGUUAGUUCUGGAGAACCAACUGCGGCUGCAAAUCGAGGGAAAGGGGGGCCAAAGGACAAGAGAAUCCCCAAUGACAAGAGGACCACGACACCCUAUAUGACCAAGUAUGAGAGAGCUAGGAUCUUAGGUACAAGAGCUUUGCAGAUCAGUAUGAACGCGCCUGUGCUCGUUGAUUUGGAGGGAGAGACGGACCCGCUGCAAAUUGCGAUCAAGGAGCUCAGAGAAAAGAAGAUACCCCUCAUCAUCAGGAGAUAUAUGCCAGAUGGCUACUACGAGGACUGGACUUGCGAAGAGUUGUUGCAGUAAGCGGGGAGGAGUUAUGUGGUAGAAGGUGGUAUAUUUGCAUAGCAAGGGUAUUGGAUUGGCGUACAAAGAGGCGUUGUUGGCGGUAUAUCAAAUGGAAUGGCAAGCAGUUCUUGACCAUCUGUCGAACCGUGGUUAUUAUUCAAGGUACCUCACGAUCAUAUGGAGCAGAACGUCCUUAAAAUGAUUGGUAAAGAUAGUAAGUAUCCAAAAUGGGGAGGAUGUGUUUUGUAAGCCCGAUCUCCGAAAUGCCGUGAUAUUUCCGAUUACUUGAUGCGGGGUCGAAUAAUUUCUCCAUAGUAUAAUAGCAUAAACGUCAUCACAGCC